AUUGGGCGUCGCCAAACGAGGUUGUGGUCUGAUGACCUUACUGGGUGGCUUUGGAUGUGCCCUUGUUGGCCUUGGCCCCUGUGUCUCGCUGUUUAUCUUAACUGUUUCCUGCGACCCACUCAAAGUAAUUGUUCUCACUGCAGGGGGAUUCUUCUGGUUGUUAUCACUACUCCUGACCUCGCUUUGUUGGCUCGCCUUCAGUUCGGUACUCAGUAAUCUCGCUCUCAGUCUAUUUGUGGCCGUUGCAUCCCAAGAGCUUCUGCGGUUCGCUUUCUUCAAACUGAUCGUACUCGCAGACAAUGGCCUUCGUGUCAUCGCAAUCAGUGCUCAGACGCCCGUGGCGCCAGCUAUGGCCCCACGCCCCCCAACAAGACAGCCCACCGAGGGAUUGUCCAACACAACAGCAUCAAAUCAGGACGGUGCGGUACUUCCCUCCAAAACCCUGGGCAAUGACGGACUUUUGGACCAUCGGAUUGUUGCCUAUGUGUCUGGUCUGGGCUUCGGAUUGAUGACUUGCAUAUUCGAAUUAUUGCGCAUCCUGAUUGACGCUUGGGGACCUGGUAUAGGCUUCGAAGUAUGGGAAGCAAAAACCUUCUACCUGGUAGCAGCAUUCCAAGUGAUGUGCACGUCCUUGAUGCACAUUUUCUGGUCCGUUAUUCUCUUCGCUGCAUUUGAACGUCGCGAUUAUGUUCUUUUGGUCCUGAUUUAUGCAACACAUCUUGCGGUCCCAUAUCUAUCGUUCCUAAACCGACUGCACCCACCCUGGCCCGAACUUGUCUGUCUAUUCUACGUGAUCGUUCUAGUCGGCUUGGCUAUUCUUACCCGAUGUGUAGUAACUGGAAAGCGCUUCACCUGCUGUGGUGUGCAACCACCGCAAGCGAUUACCACAGAUGAAACCUGAUCCGCCCACCGCCGUUUCUUCCAGAACUCCACAUUACUUGCCAUUCUCAUAAUUUUUGUACUUCACUUGGCUAUCUAUAAUAACUUUUGCUCCCU